AUGGGUUUAGGCCUUACAUGGCAUGACGUAGUUCACUUGUACGAGUGCCACCAUCUCGACAAAGCGGGGUAUUACCUUAAAUCUCGGUCCGAGAUUGUUAGGCUAAUCUCCUGUCUUUCUAAAUCCAAUAAGAGUAUGAAGGAUGACUUUCUUAUUGCCUCGGGAGAGUGGAGCGAUAGUCCUCAUUGUCCAACUCGGGCAGGAGAUCUAGAUGUCGGCCAUUCCAUAAGAGCUUGUAGUCCGAGGUUGGCGAGGAUCGACGUGUCGAAACUGAGGUUUUUGGCUCGAGACGACCUUAGGCCGAUCGUUUUACUUGGUAUUCAGAAUCCUCAGCCAGCCGUACAACUACUUCCACAAGAUAAUCCCGAAGUUGCAGCGUGUGUUGAAGAAGAGAGUGAAUCAUCUCGUCUUUCUCUUGAGGACGAGAUAGACAAGUUCUACUUUGAGGAGGAUAUUCUAAAAGCUGCCCUGAUCGAGCUUUCAGACGUUGAGGGAGAACAGGAUAGAAACUCCGUGGUCAGCGCCCCUCUUAUUAUUGCCUGCUCUGAAAAUUCUUCAGACGAGGAAGUGGACAACAUGGCCUCCAACAAAGGAAAAAGUUUACGAGAGCUAAUAGCUACCCGAGGAAAGGGGCAAUCAUCAAAGGCGCUUGCCAAGUCCCAGAUUUCUAUUCUUCCUCCUACUGCUCCGCAAAUCCCUGCCAAUGUCGGCUUGAAGGCUAAUCCCGACCUGAAGAAGAAAAGGCCAGUUGAAUCCCUCAAGGAAGGCGAGAUCGCUCAAAAAGUAUUUGUGGUUGAAGAGUGGUGUCGUGAUAAUCGUAAGUUAGCUGACAUCGAAGCCCUCUCUCGUGCUGAGGUGGAGAAGUCCCUAGGAGCCCUCAAGCAGGAGCACCAUGAGCUAUCUAAGAAGCUCAAAGAGGCUGAGUCAGGCCGUAAGAGUGUUGAGGCUGGCUUGAAGAUUGCUGAAAAACAAGCCGAAGAUCAACGCCAAAAAUUGUAUAAAGCCCAAGAAGAGGCUCGGCUUGCCAAGGAAGCAGUUCAGCUGGUCAAGGAAGUAGCUGAGGCUGAAAAAAGGGUUGCCUACCAGCUUGGGGCGGAAGAGACUGAGGCAAUACUCUUCGAGGAGCUGCUAGAGGUAUGUAGGGAUUACUGCAGUAUUUCAUGGGCUCAGGCUCUUAAUGCAGCAGGGAUCCCUGCAGACUCUACCUUGAGAUUGUCUGAGAAUGUCUUCUUCCCUCCAGAGAUCUGGAAGAUCCUUGCCGAUACCACUGAAGCUUCCGAGCAGCCAAUGGUUGUUCCUGUUGCCAUCCCCUUAGUUGAAAUUGUCGGGGAAUCUAGCCAAGUCGCCGUCUCGGUUAAGGAUUUAGAGGAAGAGAAGGGUAAGGGCAAGGGUAAGGGAAAGAAACCCUCCUCCAAGGCCAAGGAUCUCGCUAAGGAGACAAUCACUGAGGCUGGGGGCCAUGAGGCAGAUCCAAAAGCCAAGGAUGUUCCUCCUCCUUAG